AUGGAUAGGGGAAUCGGAGAACGAUCCGGGACUAACAAAGGAGGGGAGGUUACCGACGGAGAAGCUGAAUGUCUUAAUGUUCCGGGUUCUAUUGGGACCUCAAAUAUGGCUCCCCCGAUCGGACAAGUUGAACCGAUAGCCGGCGAACUUAUGCCAAGGCGAGUCGCUAGCGAGAGGCUCGCUUAUUGGUACUCGUUUCUACCGCCUACUCCUCUUGGUAGGGGCGUCGAGCUUGGUCGCUUCUUCUAUGGGGGUCUUCAUACUCUUCUAUUAGUGCUCGCUAGUGUCUUCACGAGCGGCCCCGCAGGUCGAUGCUUGCUCCUCUUGGUGUGGUUACUCGUCGUAUCUUGCCUUCCACUUCGGGCGCUAAGCCCCGGCCAAGCCUCCCUCGUAGAUAGGUCACGUCUCUUACUUCUCGUUUCGGUUCUACGACUCGGUCAUGCCUCUCAUUGUAGCUCCUUAGCUUUGGGCAAAGGCUCCUCCCACCCGAUGCUCGUCAUCUCCAAGCUUGGCUUCUUCCCUUCCUCGAGAGGCCUAGCUUGCCCUCUUCUUCGCUUCGGGGAAGCUACUUCUUCCUCCACGAGCUUCGACCUGGCUGGUAAUUCAACUUUCCGCCUAAUGAAAUUCAAAAAUGGUCUUCCCACUCAAAGGGACUCGACACUUGAACACCAACCUUCGAGCCGAGACUUCAACUAUCGGAAGCCGAGCUCCUCCUCCCACUCCAACUCAUCUUCCUCCCCUUCGUUGGCUUGGACUACCCUAAUCAAAGGCCCAGAUCGGCUUCCCCUCCCCCUGCUCCUCUAG